AUGGAGCAAGCCGCGAAGAAGGCCAAGGAGGACACGCCGCUGACGACGACGACGACGGCGCGUGUGGCGUCUCCACCCGUGUCGUCCUUGGCGGACGUUGCCUCAGCCACCGGCAUUGUGCGGCCAAGCGAUCAUGGCGCCCUCUCCUACGGCAGCUACCUGCAGCUGGACAAACUGCUCAAGUGCCAGAAGCUGGAGAGCGAGCGCGUCUUCGGCGAGACCGCACACGACGAGAUGCUCUUCAUCACCAUCCACCAAACGUACGAGCUGUGGUUCAAGCAGAUCCUCUUUGAGCUGGACGAUGUGCGCAGUCUCUUCUCUGCCGAGUACUUGGAGGAACAGCUCAUGCUCAAGGUUGUGGCUCGUCUGGACCGCAUCAACGAGAUUCUCAAGCUGUUGGUGCAGCAAAUGGCCAUCAUCGAGACGAUGACCCCGUUGGACUUCCUCAAGUUCCGCAAUUUGCUUGCGCCUGCGUCGGGCUUCCAAAGCGUGCAGUUCCGUCUGCUUGAAAACAAGCUUGGCAUGCUUCCCCACCGCCGUCGCACGUACCAGCGCAAAGGAUACAAGGAUGCGUUGAACCCCGAGGAGCUUAAACUGGUUGAGAAGUCCGAGCAGGAGGACUCCCUCUUCCGGUGGCUUGAGCGGACACCCGGGCUCGACGAUGAGACGUUCAACUUCUGGGAGCGGCUCAAGGCGAAUGUCGCUGCGGACACGAAACGGCGGCUGGCCGAGGCAGAGAAACUGCCAGAGACGCACAGGCAGAAGCAGAUUGACUCGGUCAACGAGGAGCACCGCAAGUUCCAGUCCAUGUUUGACGACAAGCUGUACGAAAAGCGGCAAAAGGGAGGAAAUGUCCGCCUCUCCCACCGCGCGAUGCAGGGCGCUCUCCUCAUCAUGUUCUACAGGGACCAGCCACGCAUGCACCUCCCCUUCAAGAUGCUCUCUCUGCUCAUGGACGUCGACAAGCACAUGCUCCAGUGGCGAAUCAACCAUCUUGCGAUGGUGCAGCGGAUGCUUGGCACGCGCAUGGGCACGGGCGGCUCGAGCGGCUACCACUACUUGAAGGAGACAACCAGCGAUGACUACAAGGUCUUCCUUGACCUCUUCAACCUCUCCACGUUCCUCGUCCCGCCCCACAUUCUCCCAGAACUCUCGCAAAGGACCCGCGAGGUGCUGCAGUCGUCCAUCCACUUCUGA